AUGAAGCUCACAGCCGCCCAACUUGUACAGAGAAGAAAAAAGAACCGGGAGAGUCAACGAAAGUCGCGCCAGAGAGUCAAAAAUCAGAUUAAUACUCUUGAACGCCAGAAUAAAGAGCUCGAAUCCAACAACGUAUCGCUACGGGAGCGAUUGCUGCACACAUCAGCAGCCAUAGAAGUGUUAGAAAAGGGUGCGAAUCUACACUAA